CCAAAAAACUGGCAGGAGCUGGAGCUAGGACCGCAGCCUGGGUCACCAAUGUGGGCAACGAGCACCGACAGGUCCUCAUGUCUGUGCUCACCUCACAUGAGGGUCAGGGACUGCUGCCUAUGACCACGGGCCUGGUGAGAAGGUACGAGGCGGCAGGAGUCGCUCCCCCCACGCUCCUGUAUGUGGACAGAGACUGCUGCUCUUCAGUGGGAACAUCCAGAGCAGCUGCCAUGUUCAGCGGCUGGAGCGAUCUGGUGGUUCGUCUGGAUGUGUGGCACUUCAUGCGGCGCUUCGCUGCAGGUCUGCACACUGACAGCCACCCGCUCUACGGUCUGUUCAUGGCAAAGCUCUCUGCCUGCAUUUUCGCCUGGGAUGAGGGAGAUGUGGCCCUGCUGAGGGAGGCGAAAAGGAGGGAGCUGGAGCAAAAGCAGGGCAUCAGAGGCCUCACUGAGGAGCAGUUGACCGGCAGGCUCACCUCAAGACAGCUGGCGCAGCACUGUCGUCGCUGCACACGUGGCCUGGAGGAGACAGAGCAGCUGAUCGGCCUGAUGCUGGAGGCCUUCAGGGACGCCAGGGAAACCAUGGGCAUCCCCUUGGUGGACCAGGAGAGGAUGGACGUCAUCUGGGACACUCAAAGGCGCCAUCUUCCCUGCAUCCUGGACCCUCCUGGAGUGCAGCUGUACACACAGACAGGAAGUGUUAAAAAGGGAGGGCUCACACUUCCUGUGUACCGCUGUGCUCGGGGGUCCACUUCCCUGGAGUCCUUCCACAACCACCUCAACCGCUUCAUACCCGGAACAAGCGCUAACCUGGAAAAUUUCCAGGCUUAUCUGCUUGAGGGUUUUGAGCGGUGGAACGAGAACCGGGCCGCUGCUGCUGUCACACAUGCUCCCUUGUCGCUGCGCUGCUACAGUGGCUCACUCCAGCACGGCCUCAAUGAGCUCAGCCAGCGUCUUCUUGGCUGUAGUCUUGUGCAAGACUACUCCAAGCCAGGAGAGUACACAGGUGAGCUCAUUGGGGUGGAGUAUCUGUGCUCGCAGCAGUCCUGGGAGUUCAGGGAGAACUUUGGGCGGGACCCAGAUGUCCCAGACGGAAUCCCAGUGGACUUGGGAGACAUAGAGGAUGAGGGAUUUGGGGAUGAGACAGGGGAGCAGGACCACACCGUCUCCCCUCUUUCUUUAGUCUCGACCAAGGAAGCUAUAUUGUUGUCUCGGGAUUCAGAGUCACCCUCUCAGUCCUCCCAGGACUUGCCACCAGAGCCCCAGGAAGAUGUGUGCAGAGGACCAGACGGGACUCCUGGAUUCGACAGAGUGGUGGACCUGGCCAGAUACUUUGUUGGGCUGAGAGAAAAGCCUUGCGUCUCGGACAGGGAAGCCGCUGACAUUGUUCGGCUGUGGGACAGACUGCCGGACAGUGACAGACAGGGUGUUUCCUAUCCGCCGAGACACAAGGACAGACUUUUGCAAGGCAGGUUCAAGGCCACCCACUCCAAAACCUCCACCUGCCAUGGAAAAGAGAGCCUGAAGCGGUGUGUGCUGGGGCAGGGCUCCGGUCCUGCGCAGUGGCCUAAUAUUAGUCGGAUUGUAGAGGCAGUAUGUCUGGAGCUCUGCUCCAUUCAUCCAGCGGGGAAGGUGAAGUGGGGUGUUUCUAUGAACCGCUGGGCUGCCAUUCUACACGACUACCAGGCCAUACGCAGACUGGUGGGGAACUGCCCAGCACUGAGGGGACGGACGAGGAUUCAGUUGUUUGAGGUCAAUCAGCGGACGCUUUCUGUCUGGUUUAACAACUACAGGAAGAAGCUGGAGGCAGAUGUGUUGGCUCUGAGUGUUCCCUUGCCUCAGAUCAGCAUGGUGUCUCGCACUCAGCUUCCUCUAGCCAGGCAGAUGACGUCAAUGCCCUCAGCACCUGGGUCGUCACUUAAAUCUUUCCCCUAUGUCGCAAACCCUGAUCUGUCAGGUCAGGCCACACGACGUGGGCAGCGACCUCCUCCCCCUGCAUCAGCACCCGCGCUCUCUGCUCAACAGCCAGUGUCUCUCUCAGCUCCUCCCGCAGCAUCCCUCUCUGCUCCACAGGCUGCUGUCCUCUCUGCUCAAAGGCCAGCGUCUCUCUCUGCUCCUCCCGCAGCAUCCCUCUCUGCUCCACCGGCUGCUGCCCUCUCUGCUCCAGCAGCAUCAAUGAGCAGAACAACUCUGUGGAGGAAGAGGAAAGCAGCAGAGGCUUUAGCUCAAGAGCAAGGGCUGCCCCGUCCCCAGCAACCUGCACGAAAACCAUAUGCGUGCACUCAAUGUGGGCAGCCCAGAAAAAAAGAGUUUGGGCACACCAGGGUGGGUAACUUCUACUUCUGUGCCACAGCAGAGGGAAAGACAUUAGAACAGUGGCUGCAAGAAAAGAAGAAUGUGGGAAAUCCUUCAUUGUAAAUAAUUUUAUUUGUAAAUAUUGUACAUAUAAGAGUUUUAUUUUAUUCUAUUACCAUUUGUUUGUAU